CUCAGGACUCUGUUGCGGUGCAGCUCGGAAGGAAUCUGAAGUCCAAACCUAGAUUAGAACGAUCUGAUUAUUUGAUUAUCAUAUUGCACUUCUUAAAGCCAUGGAUGACUCGGGCAUAAUACGACGCCGGAGGCUGCAGAAGGAUUUGCCACUGCCUCGCAAAAGCAGCAGUUGUCGAACAAGCAACAGAAAAAGCCUCAUCUUGACCACCACCUCCCCCACUCUGCCUCGCCCACACUCCCCUCUCCCCGGACACCUCGGAAGCAGUCCACUGGACAGCCCGCGAAACUUCUCUCCAAGCACCCCUGCGCACUUCUCCUUCGCCUCCUCCAGAAGGGCUGAUGGACGACGUUGGUCUUUAGCUUCUUUGCCCUCAUCUGGUUAUGGCACCAAUACUCCUAGCUCAACAUCGUCCAGCUCCUCUCACGAGCGGCUGCACCAGCUGCCGUUCCAGCCCACCAUGGAUGAGCUCCACUUCUUAUCCAAGCAUUUUGGCAGCUCGGAGAGCAUCACAGAUGAUGAUGGCGGACGCUCUUCUCCGCACAUGCGACCACGCUCUCGCAGUCUCAGCCCAGGACGUUCCUCUUCCUGCUAUGAUAACGAGAUAGUCAUGAUGAACCACGUGUACAAAGAACGCUUUCCAAAGGCUACAGCGCAGAUGGAAGGGAAGCUUGCAGAGUUUAUCCACGUUUACGCUCCUGAAAAUGUUCUCCCAUUGGCCGACGGAGUCCUCAGCUUCAUCCACCACCAGAUCAUUGAGCUCUCUCGGGAUUGCCUCACCAAAUCCUGCGAGGGACUCAUCACAUCUGUCUACUUUUUCGAGCUGCAGGAAAACCUGGAGAAGCUCCUCAAUGAUGCCUUUGAACGUUCAGAGAGCUCCGAGGUGGCGUUUGUCACAGAGUUGGUGAAAAAGCUUCUCAUCAUCAUAUCCCGACCUGCCAGGCUCUUGGAGUGUCUGGAAUUCAACCCAGAGGAGUUCUACCAUCUGCUGGAAGCGGCGGAGGAUGUUGCCAAGGAGGGUCACCUGAUGAAAACUGACAUCCCUCGUUAUAUUGUCAGUCAGUUGGGACUCACCAGGGACCCGAUCGAAGAGAUGGUAAACCUUGAUAAUUAUGACAGCGAAGGACCUCUAACACCUGAAACAGACGACUCAACAGAGGGUAAGAUUAGAGCAAUGAAACCACCAGGUGAAGCAGACUUCCAGACCAUCAAGCUCAUUAGUCAUGGAGCAUAUGGUGCUGUGUAUCUGGUCCGACACCUGGAGACACGCCAGCGUUUUGCAAUGAAGAAAAUUAACAAGCAGAACCUGAUCCUAAGGAACCAGAUCCAACAGGCUUUCGUCGAAAGAGACAUCCUCACAUUUGCAGAGAACCCCUUUGUGGUCUCCAUGUUUUGUUCCUUUGAGACCCGACGGCACCUCUGCAUGGUCAUGGAGUACGUCGAAGGAGGAGACUGUGCAACUCUGCUGAAGAACAUCGGGGCCCUGCCGGUGGAAAUGGCUCGGAUGUACUUUGCCGAAACCGUCCUUGCGCUUGAAUACUUACACAACUAUGGUAUUGUCCACCGUGACCUCAAGCCUGACAACCUUCUCAUAACAUCAAUGGGUCACAUCAAGCUUACCGACUUUGGCCUGUCUAAAAUGGGUCUAAUGAGUCUGACCACCAACCUGUACGAAGGACACAUCGAAAAGGACACUCGGGAGUUUUUAGAUAAACAGGUGUGUGGAACUCCAGAGUAUAUCGCUCCUGAGGUCAUUCUUCGUCAAGGUUACGGAAAACCCGUGGACUGGUGGGCCAUGGGGAUCAUCUUGUAUGAGUUCUUAGUGGGGUGCGUGGCUUUUUUUGGAGACACUCCAGAGGAGCUGUUUGGACAAGUUAUAACAGAUGACAUCGUAUGGCCUGAAGGAGAUGAGGCACUUCCUGUUGAUGCCCAACAUCUCAUCUCCUCUCUAUUACAGACAAAUCCACUUGUUCGACUAGGAACAGGGGGCGCUUUUGAAGUGAAGCAGCACCCCUUCUUCACAGAGGUGAACUGGAACAGCUUGCUGAGACAAAAGGCCGAGUUCAUCCCUCACCUGGAGUCGGAGGAGGAUACCAGUUAUUUUGACACUCGGUCUGAGCGCUACCAUCACGUGCAUUCAUACGAUGAAGAUGAUACCAACGAUGAUGAGCCUGUGGAGUUACAUCGCUUUUCUUCAUGUUCGCCCCGCUUUAGUAAGGUGUACAGCAGUAUGGAACAUCUGUCCCAGUUGGAGCAUAAAACCCCAAGUGUAACUUUACGAGAGCACAAAGUUCCAAGAGAGGACCGAAUGGCUAAGAGAGAAAGCCUGGGUAGUUUUACGUUCAGGGACAAGAGCUGGAGGACUGGAUCACCUGAGAUGAAACGUUUGUCCUGCUCUGAGUCUUCCUUCAUUGAGAGCGAUUACAGUCCUCCAUCAGGAGCCCGAAGGCGCUUCUCUGCCCUCAUGGAUACCCACCGCUUGGCCUCACCUCUCGAGGUCGAUUCCGAACAAUCCCAAUCGAGGAGCCAGCCUCAAGUGAAGAUCAGGGGCACUUCUCUGGAAGGAGCCAUGGGUGCCAUCUCCUCGCAAAGUGAUCUGAAGACAUUCCUUAAAGAAAGUAAUGGGGUCACAGCUGGAGCCAGUGCUGCUGUUCUGGGGAUUCCAGAGCCCCAAGGAGCCAGGGGGGCCACCACGGAUUUGGUGCUGCGGCGAGUCCGGCACCAGCAGCUCUCAGCGGAAGGAGAAAAACCCAACUCGCGACCAGGAAAUAAAGUUAUCAAAUCUGCGUCUGCCACUGCUUUAUCCGUCAUCAUUCCUGCAGUGGAGCAACAUGGAGCGUCCCCCCUAGCGAGCCCAAUGUCUCCUCGCUCCCUCUCGUCCAACCCCUCCUCUCGGGACUCCUCGCCCAGUCGAGACUACUGUCCAGUGGUAAACGUCCUCCACUCCCCGAUCACCAUCCAUCGCUCCGGGAAGAAGUACGGCUUCACUCUCCGAGCAAUCCGAGUCUACAUAGGAGACAGUGAUGUCUACAGCGUCCACCAUAUGGUCUGGCAUGUGGAGGAUGGCGGUCCCGCCCAAGAAGCUGGACUUAGUGCUGGUGAUCUUAUCACUCACGUAAACGGAGAGUCAGUUCACGGUCUGGUCCAUACAGAGGUGGUGGAGCUCAUCCUGAAGAGUGGAAACAAGGUGACCGUUACGACCACGCCCUUUGAGAACACAUCUAUAAAAGUUGGACCUGCACGCAAGACCAGCUAUAAAUGCAAAAUGGCACGACGCAGCAAAAGGCCAGGAGCCAAAGAGGGGCAAGAUAAGAAGCGUAGCUCCUUGUUCAGAAAAAUCACCAAGCAAUCCAAUUUGCUCCACACGAGUCGGAGCCUCUCAUCUUUGAAUCGCUCGCUAUCAUCUGGAGACAGUCUACCCGGAUCUCCCACCCACAGCUUCUGUGCUCGCUCACCCACUCAGAGUUAUCGAUCCACUUUGGAAUCUCCACACAUGGGCACGACCUCCCAAAGCAGCUCCCCAGCAUCAAGCACCCCCAACUCCCCAGCCACAUCACACCACAUGAGGCCCAGCUCCCUUCACGGCUUAUCGCCCAAACUUCACCGCCAGUACCGCUCUGCUCGCUGCAAAUCGGCUGGCAACAUCCCCUUAUCGCCUUUAGCCCACACCCCCUCCCCUACCACAUCUUCUCCUCCGCCUCUCAGCGGCCACACGGUAGGCAGCUCCAACACCACGCAGAUAUUCCCCGUCAAGCUACACUCAUCGCCUCCCGUCGCGCGUCCUCGUCCCAAAAGCGCCGAGCCGCCCAGAUCCCCCCUUCUGCAGCGAGUGCAAUCAGCAGAGAAGCUUGGAGGACCUGUUCUGCCUUCCUCCUCCUCCUCCUCCUCGCCUUCCCCUCUGACGGGAGGGGUGAGUCUGCGCAAGCAUAGUCUGGAAGUCACACACGGGGACUACAGGAGAGAGUCCUUCCACUGCGAGCAUAGCCUACAGAGUCUGCUUGAAAUGGAAGGAGAGAAUGGACCUGCUCCACCUUCUCCCUCCUCCUCUUCCUCCCCUUCUCCACCACUUGGAGGGGAAAUCAUUAGUUUGAAACCUGUUAGAAGGUUGGGAAGGCAGGAAUCACCACUUAGCCGUGACACAAUGUUAGCAGAAACGGAGAAAAACAUUACUGGGUCCAAAACUGACACCAAAACGAUAAAAAGUGAAUCCACCGCUGACCCAAAUAAAACAUUAUCCACCUCUGGGGCUCCACAGAGUUCCGCUGUAAUUCAGACCACAUCUCCAGCGGUAGCCCCGCCCACCAAGCCGAAACAGGGGCUCAAACCUCAAAAUGCAACGACUAGCGAGGCGACUGUUAGCAAAAGCAAACCUUGUGAGAAAGUCUCCACUCCAGGGACAACUAAGUGCCUCCAACCGCAAGAGAGAAAAGCCAAGGAUGCUCACUUCGAAAGUGUCUCUUCAACUAAAGCUUUAGGGAAUGCCGAAGACAAAACCAAACACACGGCAGGUGCCGACAAAAGCGGCUGCCGCAAAGGAUCGACGACAGAAUCAUCCAAACCACGUAAAACCGCAGAGUCUGUUGAGAAAGAAGAUAAAAAAACAGAGGUCACCAGGGUUAAAGGUCCCGCACCUUCAGUUCCUACCCCAGUGCAGGUCCACAGUGUUGUCAGCUCUAAAAUGGAGAGAGCAUCAAAGACCUACCGGGGAGUGAAGGAGGACAAGGCACACCUGGAGGUGUUGGAAGAAAACCCCAUGUCCCCCUCUUCUAACGCAUCUUCACCUCUUUCCAGCAAGCCCCGCGCCAUGUCUCCCGGGGAUCGAGGCAGCUUUGUCACGCAGCUCACAAGCGUCGCCAAAACGGUACUUGGGCCUAUGAAAGGGGGGUCGCAAGACUCUUCCAAGGCCAAAGACAGCUCCAAGUCAAACGAGGACAAACGAGGCAGCGGGAAGGCGGAGGCUUCCAGUGGAUCGGGACGCCGCGGGGCUCAAACAUCUGUCGGUGGUGUUCUGCAGUUGGAUAAAGGAAACACUCGAGGCUCCAAACAUCAUUCGUGAUAAGAGAACAAAAGAAGCUCAACCUCCAAUGCAUUGCCUUUUACUGUAGAAGCACCCAAACAUAUCAUAGAAAUUAACACCUUUUUAUUCAAACGCCUAAAAAGAAAUGAGACGUGGGACACCUUAAAAAAAAAAAAGAUGCAUCAAUUAGGCUUUCAAAAUGUGUACGCACUGUAGCAUAUUAUAUAACCCCGUGGAUGUCUUUGUCAUUGUGUGUUGUCGAUAUAUUUGAAAAAAAAUGCAUGGAAAAUUGAAGAAAUUUUAAAAAGCAGAUAAGAAAAAAAAAAUAAUGAAGACCACAAGGUAGUAAACACUGUGAAAAUUUUUUGCAUCCAUCUCCACAUGCAAACCACAUUCCAUUUGAUUUAGUUUGGUUAAGUUUGGUUAGCAGAGUGCUAAAAUAUAAUCACGCAUUGUAAAAGUAACCGAUAAAAAUAAAGAGUAGCUUACUAGAGCCUGGACCAAAAUACCGAAAUACUUGUCAAAGGACCUGACUGGUGUUCUGAUUGGUUAAAGGGCUGAAUUCCACUGGGAUUAAGAAUGAGAUGAACUUGCACAGGGACACUAUGCAAUGUGCUAAUAAUGCCACUUUAGCUGUCCAGGAUUACCAAGUUUACAUUGUGUCGUCGAGCAGUAGAGGUGGAAAGAAAAAAAAAAGGUAGUUGCAAUAAGCAAGCAAAUUUAUUUUGCUUUCAAAGUGUUCCGUUUUGACGUGCGCAAUUGCUAUUGUAUGUGAAUUGUCCUAUUGAGGACUGAAUGGUCAUAAAUUUAAAAAAUUGAGUUUUUCUACAUAUGCUGAUAGAUUAUACAUUUUAUAUUUCAUAAUUUAUUGUGCAAGAAUGUUGUGCUUUCAUUUUGUUGUUUACAAAAAAAUAUCAGUGUCUGCUAAAUGUACAUGAAAAUGAAUGCAUGGGACAUGUUCUGAACAGUUUUCAUCUGACUACAACACACACAAAACAACAAUGUAUUUUAGUGAUCUGUUUAAUUCAAUAAUUAUCUUAUGCAAGGGUUAAGGAUAAAAACUUAUAAGGGAUAAAAAACUCCGACCGACGUUUUCUCCUCAUAACUGCAACUUCAUAAAGAAAAACAGUCUUCAAUAACGCAUGCAUUGCCACAAUGCAAAAUGUAAAAUUAUUAUUGUGUCUAGUCACAAAAAAAAAAUGUGAAGAAAUUGUGAUGCUAUUGUACAAAGAACAUGUGCACGUUUGAUUUUCAUUAUUUGGCCAUGUAGAUGGAUGCAAUUUGCUGGACGAGUUUGUUGGGAUUUUAGGCAAUUUCUGUAAUUCAAGAGGUACAGGUUGAAUCUAUUUAGAAGUCUUUGUCACGUAAAGUAUAACUUUCCCACUGCGUUAGCGUCGUUUAGCGAAACGGAAGUCCGUCGUAAACAGAGGACUCCCUUUCAAGAUAAAAUCCAAGUGUUUGUUUCUCUACCCUUGUGUCAAGGAAUCAAAAGCUCCUCUUUAAAAUUCCUCGUGUGCAAUUUUAACCACACAGUUCAUAGUUUCAAGAGUGUGUUCACUUUUAAAGAGACGUAUACUUUUUCCUCAUACAUUUCGGGCUUGUGUGGCGUAAAACGCCUUACACUGCCAUCUUGUGGAUGUCUGGUCACAACAGCUGAUGUUGUUGAACAUGUUAUUUAUUUUUCGUUGGUUUAUUUAUUGAUUUUCCAUAUAAGCUUUUAACUUUAUUUCAUGCAACUUGCUAUGUGUGUAGUUGAGAGUGGAACCACUUGUUUUUGCGUUAAACAGUUGCACUUUAUUUUUUGUCAAAUAUUGUCUAGUGUUUACAAUCCAUAUCACAGUUAAGGAAUUUAAUUGUAUUUAUAGAUUUAACUAUACUUUUUUUUUUACUUCCAAAGUCACUGUUAGUCACAUAAGAACAGUAGGGUUGUCAUGAACGUAUCAUUAAUGUAGUCAACAUUCAGUACAAAGAGGACUUGUAUGGCAAGCGAAAAAGAACCUCAGACACAAUUGCUUACUACUGUGCAAACAUUUGGUGGACAAAUACAAGUUGACACGAGUGGACAUUUUUAAAUAAUAAUGGGCAUAACUGUCUUCGCAUUUAAAUAUUAAAUGUACCGUGUCAUUAU